ACUGCUCACAAAACCUAGUGCUUCAUUUCAGGAGACAUCAUGGCCUCCCUGCUGACUGGACUCUGGCAGCUAGUUAUUUCUGUGGUUGUCCUGUCUCAGCUCUCAGCAACGCUUCCUCCUCUAGAGAGGGCUCGGAGACAUGCUGACGGGGUAUUUAACAGUGAACUCAGCAAGAUGAAUGAAAAUGCCUACGUGCAGAAGUUAGUCAAAUCUCUUGUGGGCCUCAAUCAAAGGUACCAGAGGCACUCUGACGGCACGUUCACCAGCGAACUCAGCAAGAUGAGAGGAAACGCUCAGGUUCAGAAACUAAUCAAGUCUCUGGUGGGCUACAAGCGCAGUGAUGAGGUGGAUGGCUCUGAAGGAUUAAUCCAUACAGAUAUACCAAGGACACAUCAGACCGGCAGCUCUUACGAUGACUUUUGCUUCAUGUGGUUAUACCAGAGCUUUCUGAAUGAUAGCCUGUCAGAGAGUGAUGCAAGAGAAGCCACUCAGAUGACCGGCCAAUACAUUUGCCCAGCCUCCAAACCACUGAUUGAAGAGAUGAAAGAAGACAUGUCUGUUCUGGACUAGAAAUGAAGGGGACAACAGCAGCCAAACCUCUCCAUAAACUACAGCCUGGUGGGGUGGGUUCCGUGUGCAGCCUACAAAUAAAUAAGGAAGCUACUGAAUCAGGUUCAAGUGUAAAUGAUGGAAUCAGAAACUGCCAAAAUAACAGUAAAGCAUGUAAUCAAGGGCACUGUGUAUAUUAGUGUAAAAUAGAGGGUGGGGUUAGUAGAUGGUGCGUGAAUGAUGGAAGCAGCUUACACAAUACUUUGU